UCCGUCGAUGUUGAGAGGAGGAAUGCAACAGCUUUGGGGGUAGAGGACCUCUCACAGGAAGCGCAUGUUGUGCAGCGGGAUGUCGGGUCGGGCGGAGGUGAAAGCCAUUGCGAAGGGAGUCGAGAUUCCAACACGCAGUCCUGGGUCUUAUCAAGUGCGAAUAGAUUCACACUUGUCUACGACGACUUUGUUUCAUGACGUUGAGGACAGUCCUCGCCGCAGUACGCAGCACACGUGUCCUGUUCAGGACGACACCUUGCUCGUGCACCUCUUGGAAGAGGGUGAAUGUUUACAGUGUGCGGCGACAUCUGUUCAGGGGCCCUCUGUAGGAGUGUUGGAGACAGAGCCUAGCGAGUGCGAAGGUCAUGCUUUGGAGUUGACGCAUGCUGUGCAGCGGGAUGAUGAGCUUCUCCAAGGCUCGUCGGAAAAUGCCAUCAACAUCGGGGACACGGAUUUGGUUUUGCACAGCGGGUCGCCACUGACGACGCAAGAGCGUGACGGUAAGGGAGGUUAUGGGACGUUUGUGGAAGGCAAAAACCGUGGGCGGGAAGGACUUCCAUGUACGUUUUGGGAAGGUCGGCUUUGUGGCGAUGGGGAGGACAAAGAAGAACGCGUGUUGGAAACUCAGCUUAAUGACGAUGAGGAAGGCGAAGGAGCCGUGGGGGUAGCUCAACUUUUUGGCGGUGACGUGUCGGCUCUGCUUCAUGACGGUGAGGCAGGCGAAGCUCAGCUUUAUGCCGGUGAGGUGUCAGGUCGGCUUCAUGUCAGUGAGGUGUUGGCUCGUCAUAUAGGUUCGAAGCAGACAGAUCAUGAUUCUACGUCCACCAACUGCGGUGAAGAGCAAGGCGAUCGAGCCCCUGCCCUCAGUUCCGGUCGGGAAAUGGUGCUUCAUGAAGCCACAGAGUUGGUAAGCGACACGGCUGCCAUCGAGAUGGUUAGCGACUCAGCGGUGGUCGAGAUGCAGAACAUCGAAUCCUCCACGGACGUCAGCACAGUGGCGUGACAGGAGGCCAGUUCCCCUCGAAGGGCUCCCGAGCACGGUAAGAUUUGUGAACAGUA